UAUCACUGUCCUCGGUCUCCCUUGUCUUCUUCCCACCGCUGUCUAUUAUCCCUCCCACCUCUCUCACCAUCCCACUAAUUUCCCCCAAAUUUCAGCCAGAAACGACGUUUUCUGCUGAAUUGGUCCUGAUUUCCCCUUUUACGCGCCCGAUUUCUGCCUCCGGAACCUAAUUUGCCACAUAAAACUGACCCACGCGCCUGCCCAGACCUUGACUGAGUCGAUUGCUUCUUGUCCUUCGACAUCGAUGUCCUCUGUUCCGCCGCCGGGCUCAGCGCAGUCCGUACCCCCGCCGCUCGACUCGUCGUCGUCUCCGUUGUCCUGGGAGGGUGACAAGAUGUUCAAUAUCUAUAUCUACGACUACUGCUACAAGAGGGGUUUCCGAAAAACCGCCAGGGAGCUGCUCGCCGAGGCAGAGAUACCACCGGAAUCCCAACCUCCAAUCAAUGCCAGACAGGGCUUGCUGUUCGAGUGGUGGAGUGUGUUUUGGGUGCUGUUCACAGCAAAGGCGAAUGGGCAUGGGACAGAAGAUGCCAUGAUAUACACGCAGCAUCAAUCGCAACAGGCGGCGAAUCGACAGGCGAUGCCACGACAGCCACAGCCGCCGCAACCGCCGCCUUCGAUGAACCCUCAGCCACCCAUGCAACAGCAGCCCAUGGUCCGAGGCAUGAACGGAAUGCAGCAGACUCGACAAUUUAUGCCUAAUGGUUCUAUGCCCAACGGUGUCGGUUCUGCCCCCAUGCCCCAGGGACACAUGCAGACAGGCCCAGGGCCUUUUCCUAUGCCAGGCGCACCCAUGAAUGGCCUUCCGGGUCCCCCAGGUCAGCAGCCACCUCCGGGGGUACCUGCGGCGCAACCUCCGAACUAUCAACAGAUGCUUCCGGGACACCAGCGACCCGGCGGACCUCAGCAACGGCCGACAAACGGGAUGGCUCCUUUUCAGUCGCCCACGAUGACCCAUUCACAUUCUCCACACGCAGGUCCCCAAGGUCAACCGCUCCAACAACCACCUCAAGGUCAGCAGCCACCGCCACACACACAACCACCGAUAGGCCAGAUGGGUCCUUCCCCGCAUAUGCCCCCAAAUCGAGGCAUGCUUCCUCCGAAUGGACCCCCGAUGAAUCCAGGCCAACAACAAGGCCCAAUAGCAUCUUCGUCGUACCCGCCACUAGCCCGACCACCAAGUAGAACUGGUACGCCUGGCCAAGGUAGUAUGAUGACGCACCCUAGUCCCUCUAUGAUGUCUCGCCCGCCCAUGGGUCCGAUGGGUUCCGGGACAGACCAACGACACGUUCAAGACCAGAGUGUUCUCUCAGAGAUUCUGCGCAUACCACCCGCCGUCGCGGGCCAGCUGAAACAGGAACUUGGCUUGGACGGUAAAGAGCUUACUGCAUUGACAUUCGAUGAAAAGCGGCGUUUUGUCGAGGCUCAUCGGCAGCGUUCAGCAGCUCGGAAUCCGAAGGCGAACCCGACUCCUGGGCCUUCGAAUGCCAUGAUGCAGCCGCCGCCAAGCCAACGGAAUGUCGCACCGCAGCCUUCUGGAGGAAGACCAGGGAAGAGAAACAGCACGUCUCCAGGAGAAGAGCCGGAACAACCACGGACAGAGUCGUCGCCUCCAGAUCGUAAACGUCCUCGGCGGUCGCCCGUGGGACAACAAUUGCCAGUGACGUAUCCCCCCCAUGGACAUCCUCAGCCUCAGCCCCAGCCAUCACCUCUAGGAGUUGGACCUGGUGGCCUACCACCUCCACAGCAAGGGCAGCCACCCCAAAUGAUGAAUAAUAUGAUGAGGCCAAUGGGUGCGCAACAAAUGAAUGGCAGUUUCCAACCAGGAAUGCCUCAGAUGGCACCGAAUUCAAUGGGAAUGCCAAUGGGCCAGAUGGGCGGCGGACCAAUGGGCGGUACUAUGAGCCCUGCAAUGGGUGCUCUACCGGGUCAAGGAAUGAUGAAUACUCACAUGCAACCGAUGCCCAACAUGCCUAACCGCGAUGGGCAAAAUCAUUAUCGACAACAGCUACAUGCGAUGCACAACCGCAACAUGCCAGGCAACGCGGCUUCGCCUGCUUCGGACCCCAAUUUUGCACAGGGACAGCAAGGGCCACCGCCACCUGUGCCGGCUACACAGUUUAACCCUACGCCAGGACCUAACAACAGAAUGCAACAGAAACAGAUGAGUAUGAUGCCGCCGCCGUCUCCAGGAAUAAACAAAGAUCAGGGCGGGCAGAAGGACAGUGGCAAGCCUGAUGGAUCACCACAUGCUCCGCCUGGACCGUCACGGACGCCCAACUCGGCUGCGACAGCUCCGCCGACACCUGUGCCGAACCCCGCACAGACGGUCCCGUCGCCCUCGCAGAUACUAGGAAACCCCCCUCCGUCGAGUGGUGGUGGUGGUGCAUCGGCUCCUGCCUCCGCGGGCCAGGAUAUGUCAGCGGCGCUUUUCACGCCCGAUUUUAUACAAAGUGUGGCGAACUCGUUGGACGAGUUUGAUCCGACCUUCCUGCGGCCCGACGGGGACAUUAAUUUUGAACGAGACUUUGGACAGUGGUUUAACCAUCCAGACGACGUUAGCGGGACACUAGAUCUGAAGUGAUCUCGUCCGUCCAUCCGUCCGUCCGUUUGUCUGUUUGUUUGUUUGGUUUUUGUGGAUUUUCCGUUUCUGUUGUGUUUUUUUUUUGUUUUUCCCUAUCGACGUAUCUGCCUCUGCUUGCCUUUAUUUAUCACCAAAAGCUGCCUUUUUUUGCAUGCAGUGAUACCUCGCCUACCCCCCAAUGCCAUCUAUUCCCGUCUCUCCUGAAAU